UCAGCGUCACUCUGUUCAGAUGUGCUAACCUACAAAUAUGGGGAAGUGUCGGGCCGCCAGGUGAUUUGACUAACAGGUUUCCUCAUUUUAUUCAGCUAUUCAAAUGAGAGUCAGUCCCGCUGGAGGGAAGCUGAGCUCUGAAGGCUAAACUCCCAGGAGGAUCCGAGAGACACGCCGACCUCUGGACGGUGCAGCGGGGGACAAUAACCGGCCAUGAUUGGAAUCGAAUUUUAAAGGAUGAAUGAAUGAAAUGUUGUCUGAAGACUGAGGCUGUUUGUGGAGCAAAGUUCAUCCAAAGAGUUUUAAAGAAAACAUUGUUGGUUAAACACUGAAGCUGUUUGUAGAGCAAAGUUCAUCCAGAGAGUUUUAAAGAAACCGUCUGAAGACUGAAACCAUCAGAGGAACGUCUUCGUCUUUUCUUCCAUCUCGUUGCUGCUUCCUUCCCUCAGACCUCCAUGAAUUCCUACAGACCCUCAUCCUCUCCUCUGAGUCCUCCUCCUUACUCAGACCUCCAGGAUGUUUCCCAGAAUCCUCCUGCUCUUGUCCAGACGGGUCACAGUUCUGUGAUCCUGGACUCUGCUCCCUGUCGGGUCUCGUUGGACCCUCAUGGAGGUCUGGUCCCGGUCCGUUCUCCUGGCUCCGCCCUGCCUGGUUUCAGCCUGAGGUCUCCAGGCCCCGUGGUGAACCCGUACCCCGGCUGCCAGGUGUCCGUCCUGGUCCCUGAGGACGGGGGACGCUGCUCCGAGGACCAGGACCUGGACCUGGACCAGGACCAGGACCAGGACCAGGACCAGGACCAGGACCUGGACCUGGACCUGGAGUGCUCCAUCUGCUUCAGCCAGUUCAACAACGUGUUCCGCUGUCCUAAGGUGCUGCAGUGUCGCCACACCUUCUGCCUGGAGUGUCUGGCUCGCAUCAACGUGAAGGCGUCGGAGCCCAGCGCCAUCCAGUGCCCGCUGUGCCGCAGCUUCACGCCGCUGCCUGCCCUCGGCCUGCCCAAGCUGGACACCGACUCCCACGUGUUGUCCUGCCUGCCGGCCGCCAUGCAGAGGGUUUACAGCGUCCGCUUCAUCCGCAACGAGGGCAAGCUGCAGGUCAAAAGGCCGUCUGACGGUCAGCGUCGCUGGGGUCGGAGGUCUCUGGCGUCCCUCCGCUCGGUGAGCCGCUCUCUGGACGUGGGGCUUCCCAGUCCGCCUGCAGGGGGCGUCGGCCAGGAGGGCGGCGUGGGCGGAGCUCUGUUCAGGCUGACGGGGCGGCCGGCGUGCCGAGCCUUCCUCCUGACGUCGGUGGUGAUGAUGCUGCUGAUGCUGACGGCCAUCAUCAUCUUCCUCCUCACCUACAGGACGGACUGACGGACCGAGCAACGCCUGGGCAACGCCUGGGCAACGCCUGGGCAGCAUCUGGGCAACGCCUGGGCAACGCCUGGGCAACGCCUGGGCAGCAUCUGGGCAACGCCUGGGCAACGCCUGGGCAAUGCCUGG